AUGACCACAGUACACUCGCUUACAAAAUUCGGUCUCUUGUACUUUUGAUCAUUUGAUGUUUAAAUUAUUUUGUAGAAAGUAUAACAUAACCUAAACAAAAUAAAAUCAAUCAAAAUAUCUUUAACAUAACCUGAGCAAGUACCUCAGUGAUAAGAUAGAAAGGCUUGUAGACAAUACUGUCGUAUUUUAUCCCUAAGCAAAUCCUUGGCAACAGGUCCGUCAUAAAGAAAGGCAAGGAAAAAACUACAGCAAUAUCAAAUCAAAAAUUCAUACCACAGAUUCAUGCACUGGAUAGAUGGAAGUUAAACGUAUUAAAUGAAGUAUCAAAUGGUCCAUUACUACCUUCAUCAACAGUGGUUUCCUUUAGUUGGUUUGGUGAUUUGUUCUCAUGUGUAUAAUCAACGCUAAUUCUAUAAAAAACAAAUUCCUUAAGCGGAUAUUGGACCACAUCUUUUAUCUCAUAUUUGUUUUGAUUUUCAUACCAGGGAUUUACUAUUUCCACCUUGGCAUUGUGUUACCAAAUUUUGUAGGGAUAUGGAGUUUAGAAUAUCAUUUUCACUUACUUCUAUCACACUUCUUCUUACUCAAUGUAGUAAGCAACAUGGUUUUUGGUAUGUUUACUGAUACAAGCAUUAAAGGAAGAUUUUUGGGUAGCACUGAUAAGAAAGACUGGACCGUGUGUUCCGUUUGUGAAUGCCUGCGACCACCCCGUGCCUGGCACUGCAAUAUUUGUAAUAUUUGCAUUUUAAAAAGAGAUCACCACUGUACAUUUUUUGCUUGUUGUAUAGGUUACUUUAAUCUUAGAUAUUUCAUGUUUUUUACUUUUUAUAUUUUUAUUGCCAAUAGCUAUUCCUUAUACUAUAAUAUAAAAUUCUUAGCACUAUUUUUGACAUGGAACCAUGGCAUAGUUAUUUUAAAAUUUUUAUUUCCUUUAUUUAGUUUUGUAUUUGAUUUUGGUUAUGAAAGUUUAUAUGUUACUUUAGUUGUGGUCCAGUUUGUCAUAAUAGCAUUUUCAGGAUUUUUAUUUUUUUAUCAUUUAAAUAAUUUACUCAAAGGAAGAGUAGGUCCAGAAAUAAAGCUUGGUAAAAAAGGGUUACUGUAUGAUAAGGGCUGGAAAUCUAACUUGAUAGAAGUAUUUGGUUCUAGAUAUUAUUUGACCUGGGUUGCAGCUUUUAUAAAUAGUCCUUUACCAGGUAAUGGUUUGGAAUGGGUUGUUGAAGACAAAUACAAAUAAACAAAAGCAAGAUAACACAGUUCAGUCAGACGUACAUAUAAAAUUGUUGCUUAUUUUAUCAAUCUAUUUAGUUAAUAAUUCAUGAAAUUAUGAAAAGCUUUAAUUAAUUACAAAUGCAUUCAACAAGUUACAAAUGUGAUAGCAAUAUUUAUACAUAGAUAUAUUUUAACAUAUAUAGCAACUACUUUUUAUAUCAAUGUUUCAAGCAAAUCUUAAAUGUAAAAUUAGUAUUUGAAACAAUACAUGUGUUAAAGUGGGGCCUUAUUUUUAUACUGUCUAUGAAAA